GAACAUACCGAGCGCUGUGGACACAGCUGCGGGACAGGACAAAGACAUGAAACUUUGAUGGAGACAGUUUCGACAUUAAAAGCACUGGAAAUGCAGUUCCAGUCGGACCCAUCAACAAAAACACAGAAAACCACGUUACGCGCUCUGCGGCGCGUCCACAAGUCUUCCAGACAACUUCCACUGUGGUCGAGGUCCCGAUGUAAACACACGACCGUGGCCGGAUAAUGCUGCCUCAACGUCAAAGACUGUAAUCCCGGAGAUGAAAUGAAAGCGCGGAUGUCAGAUGAUCGGCGUGCCCUGCUCUCCUGCUGGAUGUGCUUCCACACAAAGACCGGCUCCGGGUCUGUUAUCAGAGGAUGCGACAGUCGCAGCUCUCCCGGAGCGCCGCUUCUCUGCUCUGUCUGCUAUCGCCCUCCGGUCCACAGCUGGUUUGUGACGGGGAAACUCUUGCACAAAGCUCCGAGCAUGAGCAGUGCGGACACACGGUUAAAGGGGCAGUUCCCUUUAAACGUCAAAGGCAUGCAGCAGGCACGGCCAAUGUGCAGAGGCAAAGCCAGUGACAUUCGUCUGCAGCACGGCGUCAACUGUCGUCAGCACGAUGAACACAAACAACUUGAUGAAGAUCAGACUGAGAGACAAAUCUGCAGAAAAUUCACUUUCAUCUAUUUGAAGAAGAAAAAAAAAAACAUUCCAGAAAGUCCUGUCAGAUAUUCCAUCUCAUGAAUCUGAAACACGACAACGUGACAAAGGGGAAAAACGAUGCAGCAAGCAGAUUAAAACGGGCUUGUGUUCUCAGCUGAACUUCCAUUAUCCUCUAUGUAAAAGGUGGUACAGUUUCUGGGUGCAAAUCCUGUAGGAAUACAUAACAUUUUCCCUUCUUUCUGUAUUUUCUGUAUUAGAUGUUUAUGUUCUCAUGUGACUCUGGAGGUGACAUUUAUGCUGCAGUACCAUCAUAAACAUAUGAUUUUUCACAUGAUUGAAAUUUGAAACUGAGCCUUUUUUUGCAGCGUUUUUGCAGCUGGUAGCCUACAGGACUUGGUUUAGGCUUAAAAUUGCAAACAAUCACCAGGAGGGGUCAGCAGUGUUGAAGGUUUAAACGUGCUGAAUUGUGCAGAAACUACUGGAUGUGACAAUAUCACAUUCAUCCUUUCAGCUGUCUGACAUAAUGUAUAUUAUUUUUCAACAUUUCCCCUCAUACAGGUAUUAAAACUGCUUCCACAGUGUAUCAGUACUCUCUUCACUUUUGUUUUUAAUUUUAAUUUGUCAAAUAAAAUAGUCCAUGUCUCAAGCAGACUGUUGGUGGCAGAUUGUCAAGACUUUUUAGCUGCAGUGUUUAUAUUUUCUCAAACUAUGACUGAAUAUUUUCAAGUUUAAGUCACACCCCAUGCGUUGACAACAUGCUGAGGUCCAGGAGCUUUACGAAAAUCUGGUAACGCAUUUUGUGAUCGUGCAUGUAUAAAAACUGUAUAUAGUCAAGUUUUAUAGCAAAACCAGGAGACAGAGACAUAGAUGGUUUAUAUUAACUGAAAAAGGUGGUGGGCACUGGACUAAUAAAUACGUGACCUUAACCUUAAUAACCUGCCAAAAUGUAUAACACCUCUGUUAAAUGCUAACUGAUAUGUUCAGUCUGUUAUAUUCUCUCCAUGAUGUGUUGUUGAAUUGCACCCUGCUUGAAUGCAGUUAAAGACUGAAAGCUAUCUGUGCACAUAAAUGUGCUGUUCCUAUAAAUUGUGGAUUUCUGUAGGCCUUGUACUGAGUCUGUCAGGUACAGUGUGUCACUAAGACACAUCCCUGUACACAUGCUGAGUCUGAUCACCCAGCAGACGUCUGGCCCUUCAUCUAAUAUUGUUUCAAGUAAGACUGACUUUACAAAUAAAGCACACUUUGCCAUUUGUGUGUCUCUAUUAUAUACAUACAGCAUCAUGUCUGUGCAGAAAGAUCAUAUUCCUCUGGUAUCUGCCAUGUCACAUGCUAUGUAAUAUAUAUAUAUAUAUAUAUAUAUGAAAGUGGACAUGCACUGUUUAUAAUAUGAGCUGUGAAUACUCAUGACAUUGCUUUUCAGCAUUUAUGAAAUUGCUGGCAAAGAUUCCAAUCUUCUAAUCAAUCGAUCUUCCAGGAGCAGAGUGUUACUCUCAUCACACAGCAAAAGGGAAGAGAACAUGAUGUUAUGUAAGGAUAAGUAACAAAUAGGUAAAACAACUGAAUUUGACCAAAAUCAAGCACUAAGUGUUGCUUAUGCUCCUCAGUAAUCCAUUAUGCAGUAGUGAUUACAAGGUUAAACAUUUAAGUUGCUGUAUAUUUACUUCUGCCCUCUAAGUUCACAAUAUCAGGCAAAACUGGGCGAUUUGACUGGUUGUUGUUAAAAUAUUUAGUAAGGUGUGCAUCGUUUAAGAGAUAGGCCUAAUAAUGGUUUUAGCUGAAAUUGUUUUUUUCUGCAGGCUGCACAUUGUAAAGCCAUGUGGCGUGAACAACUAGCAGCUGAAGCGGUGCGCAACUCUGCAUGGGCUCCUUUCCAGCUCCACCUGGACGGUUAACAAUUAGCCUUGCUCAAGGGCACCUUGGUGGAGUGUAAAGCGUUUUAUUUAUCAACCCGUAUGUCCACCCCGCCGGCCGCCCCCCUCUCCUCCCCGCGGCUGCUCCUGAACACCUCCCCAGUGUGGGCUGCGUCGCACUCCCCCGUCUGUCACACCAGGCUCCGAGAAAUCUGACGUGUUUUUCGCAUUUCCUGCGCCAGAGAGAGAGACGGAGACAGAGAGCAGUGUCGGGGGCAGGCAGCCAGAGGUAUGUCCACGGGAAGUGGCUGAAAGCAGGCCGUGCACCGAGCAGCUGGAACCCACAUACCUACCUACCUACCGCCCGAAUCUGCCCCUCCUCUCCGCCCCCGCUGCGGUUGUUAGGCUACCAGCCGCUGUCUGGUAUCCCCGAUGCGCCGCGACGACUCCCAGCAGGCAUCUGGAGCCUCCCAUCCACCACACGGUGCAAUGCAACACGGGCUAGCGCUUCCAGGCUGCCCCGCUGCGGCGAACGGAGUUUUUUAAUACCUCGAAGGUACAAACCAUGACAGACAGAUUCACAUCUGGGGCCUUUGCUCGGAGGUCUUUUCGCUAACUCGCGGCUGUUGGUAGCUAUUCAUGUUUCUUCCGUGCACUUCUAAGGGAAGCUCCCCCGGGUUAACGCUCGCUUCCCUGUUGCUGCAGUGCAUUUUUUUUUUUUUUUUUUUUUUUGGGGGGAGAAUUUGUAGCAUAUUCGUAGACGUAAGUGUAGACGUUUUUAAAGCCAAACCAAAAAACAGUUCAGACCAAAACACAUUUUAAGAGGCUUCGUAGUUGGCGUUUUCUCCGUCGUAUUCAACUGGAUGAAUCACGGUGUCUGGCUGCAGGACCACCGGUUGAACAGAGCCGUUAUUCAGACCGUUACAGGAGUGAACUGCUUGGAAGUGGCUGCGGAGAAAGGUGCUGUGGUUUCACUGUAAACAAGUUCCAGUUCCAGGGUCGGCACCGUUUCACCACCAUGGUGAUCUUCAACGGGCAGCUGAAGAUCAAGAUCUGCGAGGCUCUGGACCUCAAACCGACGGCUUGGUCCCUGCGUCACGCCGUCGGCCCCAAGACCCAGACCUUCCUCCUGGACACGUACAUCGCCCUGAACGUGGACGACUCCCGCGUGGGCCAGACCUGCACCAAGCAGAAGAACAACAGCCCAGCGUGGAACGACGAGUUCACCACGGAAGUCCACGACGGCCGCAGAAUCGAGCUGUCCGUCUUCCACGACGCGCCCAUCGGCUACGACGACUUCGUGGCCAACUGCAUCAUCCAGUUCGAGGACAUCCUGCACAACGGCAGCAAGCACUUCGAGGACUGGAUUGACCUGGAGCCAGAGGGGAAGGUGUAUGUUAUUAUUGACCUAUCAGGAUCUUCCAGUGAAGCUGCGGCGGUCUCCACGGAGAAUGAGGAGCGUGUGUUUCGGCAGCGGAUGCGUCCCAGGAAGCGUCAGGGUGCCGUCCGCCGGAGGGUCCACCAGGUCAACGGACACAAGUUCAUGGCCACCUACCUGAGACAGCCCACCUACUGCUCCCACUGCAGGGACUUUAUCUGGGGUGUCUUAGGAAAGCAAGGCUAUCAGUGUCAAGUGUGUACCUGUGUGGUCCAUAAGCGGUGCCAUGAGCUGAUCAUUACCAAGUGUGCAGGGAUGAAGAAGCAAGAGGACACAGUCGGGGAGCCAGUCGGUUCUCAGAGGUUCAGUGUCAACGUGCCGCACAAGUUCAGCAUCCACAACUUUAAAGUUCUCACCUUCUGCGACCACUGUGGGUCUCUGCUCUGGGGUCUGCUGCGUCAGGGACUCCAGUGUAAAGUGUGUAAAGUGAAUGUACACAGGCGCUGUGAGAGUAACGUAGCUCCUAACUGUGGUGUGGACGCCAGAGGAAUCGCUAAAGUCCUCUCUGACCUUGGAGUCACACCAGACAAGAUCUCCAACAGCGCCCAGAGACGGAAAAAGCUUUCUCAGGGUCAGGACCCCCAGCAGCAGUUAUCAGGGACGCCUAAGACAGAAGACGAUCGCUCAAAGUCCGCCCCCACCUCCCCGUGUGACCAGGAUGCGAAGGAGCUGGAGAACAUCCGGAAGGCUCUGUCGUUUGACCACCGCGGAGAGGAGCACAAAACACACCCCCUCUCCUCUGCCUCAUCGGUUGCUACGGUAACGGGGGACAGUCAUGGAGGUGAAGGAGGUGAUGGAGUCAGCGUCAAAGUGGAGGGGGAAGGAAGCCGGGAGAACGGAGAGGUCAAAGGUCACAGCGUUCCUGAAAUGAAGAGGAUGAACCUGCACGAUUUUGUGUUCAUCAAAGUUCUGGGAAAAGGAAGCUUCGGAAAGGUGAUGCUGGCUGAGCUGAAAGGUAGCGACGAGGUUUACGCUGUUAAAGUGCUGAAGAAAGACGUGAUCCUGCAGGACGACGACGUGGACUGCACUCUGACUGAGAAACGGAUCCUGGCCCUGGCCAGAAAACACCCCUACCUGACCCAGCUCUACUGCUGCUUCCAGACUAAAGAUCGGUUGUUCUUUGUGAUGGAGUACGUUAACGGAGGCGACCUGAUGUUUCAGAUUCAACGCUCGAGGAAGUUUGAUGAGUCGCGAUCUCGUUUUUACGCAGCUGAGGUCACGUCUGCUCUGAUGUUCCUGCACCGGCAUGGAGUCAUAUACAGAGACUUGAAGCUGGACAACAUACUGUUGGACGCGGAGGGUCACUGUAAGCUGGCAGACUUCGGGAUGUGCAAGGAGGGAAUCCUCAAUGGAGUCACCACCACCACCUUCUGUGGGACGCCAGAUUACAUCGCACCCGAGAUCCUUCAAGAGCUGGAUUAUGGGCCGUCAGUGGACUGGUGGGCUCUGGGGGUGCUGAUGUAUGAGAUGAUGGCAGGCCAGCCACCAUUCGAAGCCGAUAAUGAAGAUGACCUGUUUGAGUCCAUCCUCCAUGACGACGUCCUCUACCCCGUCUGGCUCAGCAAGGAGGCUGUGUCCAUUCUUAAAGCGUUCAUGACUAAGAGUCCUAACAAGCGUCUGGGCUGUGUGGUGGCUCAGGGUCUGGAGGAAGCCAUUAAGCUCCAUCCAUUCUUCAGAGAGAUCGACUGGACGCUGCUGGAGCAGAGGAAGAUCAGGCCACCAUUCAAACCACGCAUCAAAACCAAAAGGGAUGUGAAUAACUUUGACCAGGACUUUACACGUGAAGAACCCGUCCUGACACCGGUGGACAACAGCAUCAUCAAGCAGAUCAACCAAGAUGAGUUUAAAGGAUUCUCCUACUUUGGAGACGAGACUGUGGCCUAGACACAUACACUGACACACAUACAUAUAUGAUAAACAACAUACAUAUACACCACCGCCAUCACCACACACCUAAAAAUUUUCAAGCAAAGAUACAGUAUUUAAAGAAACACGGCCUCUGGAAUGAGACCUCCUGAACUUUUCCAGAUCUGACCACUCCAGGAAUUAUACUAGACCAUCUCUAUCUCUCUUUAUGGUUUCUGUGGUCUUGUUGUUUGUCCAUUUGUGCAUAUCCCAUCAAACUAUAUGCUCGAGCAGCAUGUAAGUGCAGGUCAGAUACUGUAAGAAAUGACCCAGUGCUCCUUCACUUGGUCCGGAUGUAUUUCUGAAAGGCAAAGCAGAGUACAAAACCAAACUCUGUGUUUUCAGAGGGGUGUUUUGAAGUAGAUACAUGGGUAAGGUCAUGGUCAGUGUGUGUGUGUGUGUGUGUGUGUGUGUGUGUGUGUGUGUGUGUGUGUGUGUGUGAGAGAGAGAGAUAAUAUGUGUACAAGCGUGCGUGCAUGCAUGCGUAGUUGCAUACCUCUAGAAAGAGUAAGACUGUCAUUUCUGUACAUGAUGUGCUGUAUCCUGUGUCUUUUUCCGUGUUAUAAAGAAUGUUUUUUUCUUCCCUAAACAUGUAUGUGAAUGGAAAAAAAUAAUUGAACCAAUGAUUGUAUUUAAAGAAAAAAAAGGUCUUGAAAAGUACUUUAUUCAUUAUAAAAAGAAAUGUCCAAAGGAGAUGCAAGAAAGCAAAGAUUGUUUUCUGAUGAAAUCAUGGUGAAAUUAGAAGUUUUGUCUGUGCUUUAUUUUAAAUGGGCAAAAUAAAUGUUAACUUCAGAAGACGCACCACAAUAGCAACACUUUGGCAUUGGAGGCAUUUGGAGAGAAGGUUGCACUGUUUUUCCUUCUUUCUCCAUAUUUUAGCUUGUUAGUACAUCGACGUUCCCGUUCUUCAUUAAAAACCAAAUGGUACCAUUAGCCGCCAGCUAACACACCUACAGUAGCUUACCACUGGGAGUGUCCAUUGUUGUUGUGAGGUAUGCUGACAGUGUUAACAAGCUGUUUUCCAUACUUGAUACUUGACAUUGAGAUCGUUGUCCAGUGAAGCCAAAUAAUGAGCUGAAAUCUGAAAUGUCAUGGGAACCCUUUUAAAAAGACAAUUUAUUUUUAGAUCAAGUCGUCAAGCUCUCACUGCACCUUCUGGAGCAAAAUCUUUCUAGGUCAACUCCUUAAAUCCCUUCAUGACCACUUGAUCAUUGAAAUGCCUUGUGUGUGUUUGUGUGUGUACAGUAACUUUGUAAUCGGUUGCUGUACUUGACCUACAGUCUCUGACACGACAAACUCCCAUAAUUCCACAUUAAAGUUGUGGAUCGUACACAGAGGUGAAUGUGUUAGCACAUGUGACUGAAUGCGUUAAACUGAAUGUAUUUGCUCUGUGGUGUGUGUGUGUGUGAGAGAGAGAGAGAGAGAGAGAGAGAGCCUUUUCAUGUUGUCAUCAUGUUUUUUUUUUUAUUUAAAACAUCUUUUUGUUUUUGUCGUUGUGUUGUUUUACUGGAUUGUCUAGUUCUUGCUGACCUGUUAGAAAUCUUUAGAUUUCAUGUGAUGCAGCGAGACUCACCUGGUUAGACCGUCCUACUUUAGACCCUCCUCCUCUUCUUCCUGGACAUGGAGGUAAAAUAAGCUUCAAAUAAGCAAACAGGCCUCAGAGGAAACUCUAGAGGUGUUGAUCCAUGUUGCAGGUCAGGUUUAUGAUUUUAUAGUGAACUGAAAAGAAUCCAAACAUCUUCAAGAAAACUCCAUGUGCAAUACUCUGAAAAGAGUUUUAUUUGUUUGUUUGUUUUUCUAUUUUCAUCCUUUCUUUCUUCCUUUCUUCUUCUUUCCUUCCUCUUUCUUUCUCUUUUGCCUCAUCCACAGACACAUGUUCAGGUACAAAGAAGACUCUAGUACAGUUAGCUUUGCAGCACAUAGACGUGAGCAUUAUUUCACCCACUCCAUUUAGUCAGCAUUUCAGUCAUUCAAUCACUGCCAGCUCCCUACGUUCCCCUGUAGUACAGUCAUAUGUAAUUGUCACACAUUAGUGACUACUUUUUGGCAAAUGUUGACCAGAACAUCUAGAGCGAGUGCAGUAGGUAGCACGACAUUUAUAAAAUAUAUUUUGCCGGAAAAAAGUGCUUCAUGCCGCAUCAGAGACGCAUGCUGUGUUUCACGUGGAGAGUGCCUUUCUGCUGAU